GGGCUGUCUUCUGGUUUGUUUUGCUAGCCUUCUCAUCCUCUCUCUCCCUCCUUCCAGUAAUCGGUGUAAGCGAUCAAACACGCCACAGCCAAUGGCCGCCAACGACACAAGUGUAUCGGACAGUCACCCUUUCCUUGGCCGCGAGCUGCGCGUGGAGCUGACGGAUGGCCGCGUCCUGGUAGGCACCCUCAUCGCGUACGAGGGCAGCGGCGAUCUGCUGUUGCAGGCGGCGGUGGAGCAGCGCACCUGCACCGAUGGCGAGGUCACGGUGCGUGGGUUGAACCUGCUGGCGGUGCCGUUCAAGCACGUGAAGACGCUGCACCGCCGUCAGGAGGGGCUCGAGCCGAUUGUGCUGCCGAGCAACGAGCCGGAGCAGCCGGCGCCGACGCUUCAGAUUUAA